AUGAGAUUGGCUUUGUUAGCAAAAGCACAGAGAGAGGCUUAUAAGAAUUACUUCUUCGCAUUCCCACUGAUAACCAAUGGCCUCUCAGGUAACAGCAUGCUGUCGACAAAACAGAUACAGCUACGGCGCUACCGUGGGGUUUUAUGUAAAGAAGACAUCGAAGAGCUAAACGGUUUUAUCAAAGGCGAGAUCCGGGAAAGGACGAGGAGGUAG